AUCACAAAUGUUUGGCGAUUCAAAAUGGCGCCGACUGAUGGCAUAACGAUGUAAUGAAACGGAUCUGUUUCCAUCCGUCUAUUUCUUCGUUUAAAUGUCUUCGUUAUAAACGAUUUUUCAAGAAGAAAUUUUCACCUCUUUAUCUGAGUGAUUUUUUGAAGRAUUAAGACAUGUGAAUGAGAGUAAGCGCUAAUUAUUCUCGAGAUGCCGAGUUCUCGACAUGAAAAUGCUAGUAGUAGCCCCAAUGCUCGAAACCACAGCAAAAACAAAAAGUCCUCACAUAAAGCAAAGAAACAUAAAAAAGUAGUGAAGCAAGUCAGCCCUGAUGUAAAACUAAAGGGCCAGUAUGAGGACAUUUCUUCUGCUUCUGAUCAGGAAGGGCAAGUGCUCGAGCGAAAGUAUAGCUCAAUUUCUCGUAGCCCCUCGCCGGCAGCGGCGAUAAAAAAAUCAAAAUCUAGCGAAAAGAAAAAGAAGUCCAAAAAGGAAAAGGAUAAUGUGCCAUCUGAUGCGAAGAAGAAAAGGAAAAAGCGACCCAAGACAUCUCAAUCUGACGUAGCAAAUGUCAGACAAACAUCAUUAUCACCAGUGUCUAAGUCAAGAUGGAAAGACACUCCAUCACCACCUCCAACGACAAAGUUUACCAAUAAACCAACCUAUGGCCGCCUAUCACCUCAACAGGAAGGAUUUACUAAGCCAAGAAAGGCAGGAUCAAAGACACCUCCUCGAGCUUACAGAGCAAGAUCUCCUAGUUAUAGCCCAGAAAGAUCACCUCAGAUGGUGAGAUCACCAUAUCAUGCGAAGUCCCCUCAACGUACUUGGUCUAGAUCACCUUUUGAACAUAAGUCAAGAUCACCUAUACGUUCACCAGUUAGACAAAGAUCCCCAAUGUACAGAUCUCCACAACGAUCACCAAUUCUAUCACCACUUAGAUAUUCACCGUAUAGAUAUAAGAGAAGGACUUCAUAUUCUCCUAUCAAAGGACCAGUUUCUCCAUACAGAAUGCAACGUCAACAAUCUAGAUCACCUUCACCAUACUGGAAUUCUAGAAACCGCAGUAUAUCACCGCCACCAUAUCGUAAGAAUCGUAGGUCAAUUUCUCCAUACAGAAAGUCAAAAUAUAAAAGUAGGUCUCCCUCACCGUACAGAACGUCAGGAGGUAGAGGGCGUUCUCCAGGGAGACAGCCAAGGCCUUGGAAUUCACCAUAUAAUUCUUCAAUGAGAAAAUCUAGUGGUUCAAAGAAUUCGGGACAAAAACAAAACUAUACAAAUAAGGAUAAUUAUGAUGUACGAGAAAGAKGAACAUCAGAGUCAAGGUCAGACUCCAAGAAAUCAAAGCAAUACAAUUCAGGUAAAGAUGUUCAUGAUGGUAAAGGCAAGGACUAUUAUUCUAGUACAAGUGAUAAAUCACAUAAAAGUACAAUAAAACCAAGCAAGGACAUACCACAAUCUAUAGAUAAGAAUUCUCGGCAAAAACCAGAACCCAGUUACAAUAGAGUGACAGCACUUAGCAUUAAGGAUAAAAAGUUUGGAACUCCAGAUUCAAUAAGUACUGAGUCYACAAGAUCAAGACCUGGUUCAGUACCAAGGAACACACCUCCUCCACUGCCUUCUCAUACUGCACCACCACCACUACCUUCUGACGAACCCCCACCUCUUCCUCCUGAUGAGGACAGACCUCCGCCACCUCCAGCACCAGCUUUGCCUCCUUUACCACUUCCACCCGAGCUUCCUGGAUCACCUAGUGAUUCUCCUAUGGUCUUCUCACCAUCUCCUACUAAAACUGGGAAUACCCAAAACCAACCACUGCAUCCACCAUUACAGCCUUUAAAGAGGAGGCAGUCUGCUUCAAGUAGUAGUGGUACCCCCAUGUCGACACCUGAUACCACGCCCAAGACCCCAGCAGAUCCUGAAUGGGGUGAAAGGUGUGUUGAUAUGUUUCAAAUUAUUGAACAAAUUGGUGAAGGAACCUAUGGACAAGUUUAUAAAGCCAAGGAUAAAAUUACUGGUGAGCUAGUUGGUAUGAAGAAGGUCAGGACUGAUAAUGAAAAGGAAGGAUUCCCAAUCACUGCUGUUCGUGAAAUCAAGAUUUUAAGGCAACUCAAUCACCCAAAUAUCAUUAACUUGAAGGAAAUUGUAACUGACAAACCUAAUGCCAUGGAUUUUAGAAAAGACAAGGGUGCYUUUUAUUUGGUGUUUGAGUACAUGGACCAUGAUCUCAUGGGUCUACUAGAAUCUGGCCUUGUGCAUCUAACAGAAGACCACAUUAGAUCCUUCAUUCGUCAGUUGUUAGAUGGGCUUAAUUAUUGUCAUAAAAAGAACUUUUUACACAGGGAUAUCAAGUGCUCUAACAUUUUACUGAAUAACAAGGGACAAAUCAAACUUGCAGAUUUUGGUUUGGCAAGGCUUUAUGAAGCUGAUGAACGGCGUCCCUACACCAACAAAGUAAUUACUUUGUGGUAUAGACCACCAGAGCUACUGUUAGGAGAGGAACGAUAUGGACCUGGCAUUGAUAUUUGGAGUGUUGGGUGCAUUCUUGCUGAAUUAUUCACAAAGAAGCCAAUWUUUCCUGCAUACCAAGAAAUUGGACAGCUUGAACUAAUAAGUCGAGUGUGUGGAACUCCAACCCCAGCUGUAUGGCCUAGUAUUAUUAAUCUGCCUCAUUUUCACACCAUCAAGCCAAAAAAGCAUUACAGGCGACGRGUGAAGGAAGAAUUCCAAUUUCUUCCAUCUGAUGCCCUGGACUUGUUUGACAAGAUGUUAACUCUUGAUCCCGCCCAGCGUAUAUCAGCUGAGGAAUCCCUAGAACAUCCAUUUCUCAAGAAUCUUGACCCCAAUAAGAUCAUACCUCCAAGUCUUCCAACCUGGCAAGAUUGCCAUGAAAUGUGGUGUAAAAAGAGAAAACGUAAAGCUGAAGGAAGAAAUGUUGAUGAUGCUGCAAAGCAGUCGAAGACAGAACUCAAAGAAGGUGAACAAGAACAAAUUACAACUURAGAACCAACCAACAUGGUAAAUCAACCAGAUGGACCCAGCAGCAGCAACAUCAAACAACCAACUGAUAAUGAUUCAAUAGCUAGGAAAGAACAAUACACAAAAYCAAACYUACAGGACUCACAUACUGAAAACAUUGAUGGCAAAGUAAYCCAAUCAUAUCAAUCAAAGGACAUUACGGAGGUUGAUCAUUCCAGACAACUUAAGGCAACAUUCGAAUAUAAUCACUCUUCUAACUCAGGAUCAACUGAUGGUCCACACYUCAGUGAAUACAUAGAAUCAGCUCAGUACGAGCAACUUUCACCAGCUUCAGAUAGCCAGUCAAGUCGACCGUACAUGCAGGAAUCAGAGUAUAGAAGUUAUGGAUAUACUAAAGAGUCCAGAGAAAGUCAAUAUGAACAAUCUUCUAGGUAUGAAGAGAACUAUAGAUAUAGAGAACAGUACAAGUAUCUUCAUGAGACAGAUCGCAGCUCAUACUCUGGUAAUACAGCUCGUCGCAUUCCAAGUCCAAGAGAACGAAGUGAUGCAUUUCUUAGAUGGUAGUUUGUAGAUUAUUAAGAUUUUACAAAUCYUAGAUGACAGUUUCUCCAAUGCUUCAACCAUUCAAUGGGCAUGAAUCAURCUUGAUGUGAAUCUUUAAAUCCAUUUAACUGGUAUCAUGUGAACCUCAAACUUGUAACAUACAUAGCGGGCACUAGAAAUGUGCACAUUUAGAGUUACUGUCAAUAUUACUGCAAUGUGGCACAAUCUGCAAUCAGCAAUAGACUGUGGUCAAUCAAAACUAUUGAAACCAACCAGAUGUUGAUUUAUAACAGUGUAUUGUUGCACAUUGCAUCUUCUGUCUGGAUUGGUCACAUAUCGCUGCUAAUGACAGUUAAUGGUUUUUGAUGUUUCAAGUGUCYGCUAUGACKAGUUUUAUUGUGAGGUUUUUAAGUUGAAAAGGAAAUAGUGGGGCAAGGUACACAAGGCCAUUGUUACAGUGAGUACACUCUAACCAGGAUCACUUAGAAUUAGCCACUCAGUAAAAACAGGCAGGGAUUAAACUGAUUACAGAAUUAACCAAUCAAACCAUGCUGCUCUCACAAUCAUUUAAAUCUUGAAAUGAAAGUAUCAAAAUGAUUGUUUACAUAUCAAAAUAGCUGUUUAAGUUAUCUGGUUAGAGUAUUCUCACUGAAAGUCAAUCAGAGGAAUAUUUCUUUUGUUGUUUCCUUUUCUUUCUCUUAAAACAUCAAAAGGUUUCCCAACAUCAYAAAGUUUAAAGGUGUAAAAAUCUAAAACAGUAUUUGUUACAAAUCUCUUGCUUGGCAAAUCUUUUGAGCAUCAAAAAUCUUGCUGUUUAUUGGAGGGAAUACUGUAUGCUAAACCUGCAAAACAAAGUAAUGACAUAAUGGAAAUUGGUAAUUGAKCACAUGUAUUAGAGGGUGGACAUAAGCAAACCCAUGAAAGAWGUUUUAGUGAGCUUUAGUGUUAUUUCGACAGGUUUAGUAACUUCACUAAAAAUAAACAGUAAAGUCCAGUCUGUGAGAGUGGAAUCAUAUCUUGAAUCAUUACACAUCUUUCUCUUGAUUCCUACCAAUCCUGCAUUAUUGUUAUUCGAAUCAAGUGGAGUGUUGUACAGAUGACCUGUUUGUGGUUGGAGUUCAAAAGUGUAUUAUAUAUUUUCAUACUUAGUUAACAAUUAGUUGUGUACUGAAUUUAUAAAAUACAAAUAAAAAAUCUUUUUAGAGACAAA